UUUUAAAGAAAAACCAGAACUCCCUUUUCGCAAUGACAAUGUCACAUUCCGCCCGCCCACGUAUAAACAACAUUACAAAUCAGAAGAGAUGUGAGUGGCAGAGAAGAUGCGGCGUCGGUGGUGAAGGGAAUCCACCAGUGAAGCCCAUAUCGAUACACAAUCACGCAUAUAGAGAGCAAUAGAAAGAAAUACAUUGAAGCGAAUGUAAAUAGUCAAACACAAACGAUGUCGCGCACUCACGCAUUGAAUAAUAUUGCGGGGGCGUUAUAUUCUCUCUUUCAAAAGCUGGCUGCCGUGUAAUUUAUUCAGAACUUGUCAAGUCAGCGGGUACUUAGAGAUGAUUUGUGAUAUUUAAGACUUUUCUCAUAGUUUAAAUUCUCAGGGAAUUUCUAAGCCAGCAUUCACAAUUUGGAUAUCGCCAUGGACGAAGUUUGUGAGGAAGAAAUCAACCUGGAUGAUGGAAUCAUGUCACUGUUUCCAUCAGUGAACUUGGAUACAGCAAACAUUGAAGCUUCAAUAACCAUUCCUGAGAAAACUACUCUGGAUGCAAGUCAACCAAAUAAAACACCAAAUUCAAGUCCUGGUGGUUACACAGCUAUGAUUCGCUAUAAAGGGACACUGGUGACUAAAGCAGUUACACCAACAUCGAGUAGUCAGGACACAAAUUGUACCUUUCAACCAUAUUUUAUCACACCAUUUUUAAGUACAAUACUCAACACAGCCACACCACCUGGAAGUGCAACCCAAGUACAGGGACAGCUUUGUGUCAACAAACUUUGCAAUACAAGUGAUAACCAAGAUUCUUUACAAGAUCAACAAAAUGUAAAAUCUAGCACACCACAGCAGCAGCAACAAUGUCAAACACCCAUCCCAAGCUAUACACCAACAUCAGAACAUUCAGAGUCUCCAUCACCAAUUCAGAAUAUAAAUGUAGAUAUGCAAGAUACAUCCAGCUACAGUUCCUCAUUACAUAGUUCAAGUCAAACCCCAGAACCACAGAUUUGUUUACCAAGUACUAUUGUACAAGAGGAUUCUAACCAAAGCCACUCUAUGUCAUCAAAUCCUCCACCUUACUCUGCUGUUUUGUAUGAUAUCCCAAUUCAGAAUUUUCCUCUUAAACAACCACCAUCUUAUUUAAGCUGUAGCCAGCAGUCAAAUUUGACAUCUUUCCAAACAACAUCUAUUAGUAACCCAGUGACGCAAACUCUUCUUGCUACCAGCACCAGCAAUGAUGAUUUGAACUAUUCUUCCAAGAACCCAAAUUUAAGUACAGAUCUGAAAUGGAGUACACUUCCUGAUUUCCCUUCACUGCAAGUUGCUACUACAGUUGCAAACUCCAUUUUCCCCAUCCAGGGUAUCAAGACAGAGCCAAACACUAGUCUUGAUAAUAAUUUUUCAUUGUCCACAAUCAUGCCCAUUGAAUUACAAGCUACUAUUGCACCUGCACCAACUGCAACAGCAGUUGCUGUUUCAACCCACCAGACAAAACCAUCCCCAACAUCAUCAUCAUCAUCAAUGAUGCCACUCAACACAUAUCAACAAACUCAGCAAGUUACUACCACCAACUCUAAUAGUAUUGCUGCCACUACAACAGCAGUAAGCACUGGUCAACUGAAGUUGUACCCAGUUAAACCAAGAAAAUAUCCAAACAGGCCCAGUAAAGUGCCACCACAUGAAAGGCCGUACCCUUGUCCUGUAGAGAUUUGUGAUCGAAGGUUUUCUCGAAGUGAUGAAUUAACCAGACACAUGCGCAUUCAUACAGGUCAAAAACCCUUCCAGUGUCCCAUAUGUACCCGUUCAUUUAGCCGUAGUGAUCAUUUGACUACUCAUGUUCGGACACAUACAGGAGAAAAACCAUUUUCCUGUGAUAUUUGUGGCCGGAAAUUUGCCCGUAGUGAUGAGAAAAAGAGGCAUUUUAAAGUGCAUCUUAAACAGAAGUCAAAGAAAGAAGCUAAAGCAUUAGCAAGUAGUAGCAAUAAUAGCAAUCCCAACACAAAGAUGCCCUCUACAUCUGUUUUAUCAACUGUCUCACCAACUGAUCAACUCUCAUUGAGUAGUACACAUUUACCAACAGUGACCACAGCAUCACUGUGAAAUAUGAACUUUAGUUAAAUAAAUAAAUAAAACACAAGAUGACAAAUUCUACUGGAACAUUA